AAUAAUAAUGGAGACUUAUUCGUCAAAUUGUUCAUUUUUGAUCAAAGAUUUGUUGACUAAGAGAGGCAGUUGUUUCGAGAUCUUGGUGUUCUUGGGGUACCUAGAACACUGGGAGUGGCUAAUGAGACUUUUCUGAAAAUAAAACUAAGGAUUACUUCGAUCAAAGAAGAGGAGAAUUUGAAGAACUUGAGAAACUAGUUCAUGGAGAUGGAUGGAGAGUCAUGGAACUAGUGAGAAAAUAUUUGGAUAAAGAAGCAUAUCUGCCUAGUAAAUAUGACUUGCCGGUUACCUUGUCACAGAGUUUGAUUAUAAAUCCUUUCAUUGAGCAGAUUAUUGAGAGAAAUUUAGCUCUUCCAAGAUUUAGGCUACUUAAGUUGAAUUGAUUUGGGUUUAAUACUAACAUCAGUGAAAGCAUGCCUAGUAAAUCUGAAAACAUCAACUUAUUUUGAGAUCAUGUCCUCAAGAACAACAGGGUUCCAUUUGAAAACUUACUAAUUGAUGACCAAAUAACUUCUAUUUUUAAAGCAGGAUCUUCCUUUGAUCAAGUUUUGGGUACUGUAAGCAAUAGGAUUUCCCUUAGAUUUAAGGAGAAUCUUGCUAUGAAAACUCUUCAUGAUAUUUUUGAGAGAAUCAAGCAUUGAAAUACCAUUCACCUCAUCAAUAUGAUCGGAGGGAAUAAGGGAGAUGGAGAACGAGUAGAUGCACUGUAUGGAAAUAAAAUCAACAAAAUUUUUAUUGAAGAGGACAUCAUUUACUUUGAGAAUAAAAUCUCCCAUCUACUGAAGGGCUUAAAGUACUUUAUUGAUUUCAUCACACAAACUGGGAUCGAUCUGCAUCUCAAAAUCCUUGAUGUUCAUGUCAAGAAUGGAUCGACCGGCAAAUACCAGCAUACUCAAAAAGAACUAAACUCCCUCAACAAAAUCCCAGAAAUACUCACGAAAUUCCUAGAAGAGAAGGAUGCAAAAUUUGCUUUAAAAUUCCACUACGACAAAUUCGAAUAACCAAGUACCCCUACCCAUAAAAUUGCAUUCUAACC